UCCCUCCCAAGUCUCAGUCUGUCAUCUUGGAGAUUCAACGAGAUAAACACGCCGAGUAUCUUUUCGGAGGACUACAUCGCCUUGCUCCAUCACUUUCAGUUCUCGAUGCCAACCGACCUUGGCUUUGCUAUUGGAUGAUCCACGCUAUUGCUUUAUUGGGUGAAUGUAUUCACGAUGAAUUCAGAGACGACGUCAUUGACUUCCUCAGUCGCUGCCAGGAUCCAAAUGGGGGAUAUGGCGGUGGGCCUGGUCAGAUGCCACAUCUUGCAACAACCUAUGCUGCAGUUAAUACUCUAAUAACUUUGGGAGGUCAAAAAUCUUAUUCAACAAUUAGGAGAGACAAACUAUACUCAUUUUUGCUCCGAAUGAAAGAAACAAAUGGUGGUUUCAGGAUGCAUGAUGGUGGGGAAGUUGAUGUUCGUGCAUGUUAUACUGCCAUUUCAGUUGCAAGCAUCUUAAACAUACUGGAUGCUAGUCUGACUCAUAAGACUGGAGAUUUCAUCGUAAGUUGUGUAACCUAUGAAGGUGGAAUUAGUGGAGAACCAGGUUCCGAAGCUCAUGGUGGGUACACAUUCUGUGGUUUGGCUGCAAUGGUUUUGAUCAAUGAAGUCAAUCGUUUGGACUUGCAAAGCUUACUUGACUGGAUAGUAUUUAGGCAAGGAGUCGAAGGUGGAUUUCAAGGGAGAACCAAUAAAUUGGUGGAUGGUUGCUAUUCAUUUUGGCAGGGUGGCGUUGCUGCAAUUAUUCAAAGGUUGCCAUUGGAUGCCACAGAAUGUCAAUCCUAUGCAGGGAGUGACCAUGCUGAUUCUGUUGGCGGUAUUUCUUCUGAUGGAGAAGACAAUCUUGAAAGAACUUCCAUUGACACUGAUUUAGCUAAACCUAUUCAUCUAGGGCAUGGAGUUGGGUCAGAACAUGAAGCUGAACGAUCUAACCUGAGUGACAUUGGGUAUCAUUUCAUCAACGGGCAGCAGCAUGCUUCUAGAAGUCCUUUAUUCGACAGCAUGAGCUUGCAGCGUUACAUCAUACUUUGCUCACAGGUAGAGGGUGGUUUCAGGGACAAACCGAGGAAGGGUAGAGAUCACUACCACACGUGUUACUGCCUGAGUGGGCUUUCAAUAUCACAAUAUAGCUGGACAAGAGAUUUUAGAACCCCGCCGUUACCUGGGCACAUCUUGGGUCCUUAUUCCAAAAACCUAGUAGAACGGAUUCACCCUCUAUUUAACAUUGUCAUAGACCGCUACUAUGAAGCGCGCCACUUCUUCUCAGGCUUGUGAGGAUCUUUUUGUUCUUUUCUGCACUAUACAUUGAUACGAAAAUGGUUCUGUAUUGUAUUGUCUGACUGUGGUGUCUUAAAGAUUGCAUCGUGUAUUUUUAGUCAAAACAACUACUAAUAUAUGAAGUCUUUGCUUUGAUGUUUUGUCACCAAAGCGUAGCUGUUGUACUGCGUUAUUGUCUGGUGUAACUUGAUGUCUAGAAGAGUAUGGUACAAGUCCAAUUCAUUGCGUC